AUGGAUGCAACAGGAGGGCGCGGAGGCUAUUCCGCCAGCAGCUAUGGCCGUGGAAGCGUUGGCCGUGGAAGCGUUGGCGGCAAUGGUGGAGGAGGACCUGGGGCGGCACAUGGCAGUGGCGGCUACAUGCGGCGCGAACCGAGCUACGAGGACGACGAGGAGUCACCGCGCUUCCUCGCCCGGUGGGCAGACGGCUUCCGGCGUGCCGAACACCCGCAGCGGUCCCCAUCGAAAGGGACCUUUGAUGAGUUCUCCUUCGCCGACCACCAUUCGACAUCCCUGCGCCCCAUGCUGAGCCGCGGGUCCGAAGCAGAGUACUACGACGUCCGCACAGCGAACAUGCAGACGGCGCACUCGUUCCUCGCAAGAAAGCUCAAGGGCCGCCACUUGCAGAUGAUUGCGAUCGGAGGUUCCAUCGGCACAGGGUUGUUUGUGGCUUCGGGCCGCGUGCUCGAGGUGGGCGGCCCGGCCUCCGUGUUGAUUGCGUAUAGUUUCAUUGGAUGCAUGUUGUACUGUACAGUGCAGGCGCUCGGCGAGCUCGCCGUCGCAUUCCCUGUGGCGGGCUCGUUCUCAUCGUACUCGACGCGGUUCUUGCAUCCGUCGUGGGGUUUUGCAAUGGGCUGGAACUACGCAAUGCAGUGGAUGGUCGUGUUGCCACUCGAAAUAAUAGCGGCAUCUCUCACGAUAGGGUACUGGAACCACGAUAUUUCACGUUCGGUAUUUGUCUUCAUAUUCCUGACAUUUAUCGUGGUAAUAAAUCUGUUCGGCGUCAAAGGUUACGGAGAGGCCGAGUUCGCCUUUGCGAUCGUCAAGGUGACGUCAGUCAUUGGUUUCAUACUGUUGGGUAUCGUCCUCAACAUAGGCGGCACGCAGACUAGUGGCUACAUCGGUGGCAAGUACUGGCGCGAACCGGGUGCCUUCCACAACGGUUUCAAGGGCUUGUGCAGUGUCUUUGUCGAUGCAGCCUUUGCCUUUGCAGGUACCGAGCUCGUGGGCCUAGCGGCCGCCGAGACGGAGAACCCUCGAAAGUCGCUGCCGACAGCGAUAAAGCAGGUCUUCUGGCGCAUCACGCUCUUCUACGUCGUCGCGCUGACGCUUGUGGGCCUGCUCGUUCCAUACAACCAUCCAAGACUCCUGAACGCCAACGAGGACGGCCGGCCGAGCACAGCCGCGGCCUCGCCGUUUGUCAUUGCCAUUGACAACGCAGGUAUCGAGGUUCUGCCCUCCGUCAUGAACGCCGUGAUCCUCAUCGCGGUCUUGUCGGUUGGAAACUCGGCGGUGUUCGGCUCGUCCCGCACGCUCGCCGCGCUUGCCGACCAGGGACAGGCACCUUCGUGGCUGUCCUAUAUUGACCGCGAAGGACGGCCCCUGUACGCCAUCAUCCUUGCUUCGUCCAUCGGCCUCUUGGCCUUCCUGGCCGACUCAUCCGAACAAGCCGUCGUGCUGGAUUGGCUGCUGGCCAUUUCGGGUCUCUCGUCAAUCUUCACCUGGGGCUCCAUUUGCCUCGCGCACAUCCGCUUCCGGCGCGCGUGGGCGCUCCAGGGUCAUUCUCUGCGAGAGCUCGCAUUCACCUCCCAGUGCGGCGUCUUCGGCUCGUACCUGGGCUUCUCGUUCAACGUGCUCGUCCUGAUUGCGCAGUUCUGGGUCGGUGCCUGGCCCGUAGGGUUCCAGGAAAAGACGGCGGUCGAUCUCGCGCGCAACUUCUUCCUCCAGUACAUGGCGGUCCCCAUUGUCAUCAUCUUCUUCCUCGUCCACCGCCUCUGGGCCAAGACGAAGCUCAUCCGCACGCGCGACAUGGACGUCGACACGGGGCGCAGGGGCUUCAAUCUGCCCAUCCUGGUUGCGCAGGAGGCGGAGGAGAGGAAAGGCUGGCCACGGUGGAAAAAGAUUUAUAAAUUCCUCUGUUGA